AUGGUCAGCCCUCGCUGUCGACUCAUUGCCGUCUUCGCCCUCCUCGGCACAAUGAACUCGGACAUGGAGUCGCCGCUCGCAAUACCGAGGUGGCGGCGUAUCAUGGAGGCCCAUGGUAUCCACCACCUCGACACGGCGUUGAGAUGGUGGUCGCCGGCCGAUUUCGGAAGCUCAGACGACGGAAGUUGCUUAAGCUAUCACAGGCUCGCGUCUUGGGUGCCCCACGGCACUCUGGGUAUCGGCGCCGUGCAGAAGAUGCCGUUCGGUUCGGCCGAGGAGGGCCAAUGUGCCAUUGCGUCGCGCCGGAUCUGGUCAGGCACUCUGAUGGAUUCAUGCCCGAUGCCCGAAUCCGACCUAUCCACUCUGGGAUAG